UUUAAGGGGCCGGGCAUCUUGCCUGCCCUCUUUAGAGUCACCGAAGUUUCCAAAGAGCCUCCCCUGUCUGGGCUGGACACACCUUUCAAAUAAGACCCCCGGAAUUGAGCUCCUGGGUAUAUCCCAAACCCCUGCGUCCUCCCUAGCCUCUUCCUCCCCACCUCCAGGAUUUAACCUCUCCCCAAAGAGAGUGAGCAUCUUUGAGGACUCCCACCUUCAGCUGCUCCACUCCCGGAUGGAGCCAGGGAAAUGUGGUGGGGGGGCCGGGGCCAGAGCUUCAACAUUGCCCCCCAGAAGGAGAUGGGGCUCUCGGGACCCAAGUCUGACCCAGGGAACAGGAUGCCGGAGCCCGGCAGUCCUCAGCUUGGCAGCUGCCUGGCCUCUGGUUGCCUUCCAGGGGAGCAGAUCCUAGCAUGGGCGCCAGGGCAGAGGAAAGGGCAGGGCUUGGAGCUGCCCGGAACUCUGAUCUGCACUAACUUUAGGGUCACCUUCCAGCCCUGUGGAUGGCAGCGGGAUCAGGACACACCCUUGAGCACUGAGUAUGAUUUUGCCCUGAUCAACAUUGGCCGAUUAGAGGCUGUUAGUGGUGUGUCGAAAGUGCAGCUCCUCCGUCCAGGGUCUCAGCUAAAGUUCAUCCCAGAGGAGAUUCUGAUUCAUGGCCGAGACUUCCGGCUGCUUAGAGUUGGUUUUGAGGCUGGAGGGCUGGCACCUCAGGCCUUCCAGGUAGCCAUGGCCAUUGUUCAAGCCAGGGCUCGGGGUGGCGAAGUCCAGCAGCACAGAGGAGUAACCCUGAGCCGAGCUGGUCAGGUUUCUGGCUCCAGAAAGCCACCUGUUCCUCUCUUGGAGACUUUAGAGGACUGGGAAACUGAGCUGAAGAGGCAGGGGGCCAAAGGCUGGAGGGUUAGCACGGUCAAUGAGAGGUUCGACUUAGCUACCAGCCUCUCAGGUUACUUCUGGGUCCCUAACCGGAUUCUGGACAGUGAGGUCAGAAGAGCAUUUGCCCACUUCCAUCAGGGCCGUGGACCGCGCCUGUCCUGGCACCACCCUGGAGGCAGUGACCUUCUCCGAUGUGGAGGCUUCUACAUAGCCAGUGACCCUGACAGAGAAGAUGUCAGCGCCGUGGAGUCGAUGCUGCAGGCUGGGCACGCCGACGUUGUCUUGGUAGACACCACGGAUGACAUGCCUGGUCUUGCCGACAUCCAGCUUGCCCACCUGAAGCUGAGGGCCCUUUGCCUGCCUGACUCAUCCGUAGCUGAAGAUAAGUGGCUCUCAGCCUUGGAGGGGACACGAUGGUUGGACUACGUCAGGUCUUGUCUUCGGAAGGCCAGCGACGUCUCCGUAUUAGUGACGUCCCGCGUCCGUUCUGUCGUACUUCAAGAGCGAGGGGACCGUGAUCUCAACAGCCUCCUCUCUUCACUCGUCCAGCUGCUUUCGGCCCCCGAAGCCCGGACAUUGUUUGGUUUCCAAUCACUAGUGCAACGAGAGUGGGUGGCAGCUGGACACCCCUUCCCGACGAGGCUUGGGGAAACUGGGGCCAGCGAGGAGGCCCCAGUGUUUCCUCUCUUCCUCGACUGUGCCUGGCAGCUCCUCCAGCAGUUUCCAGCUGAAUUUGAAUUCUCCGAGUUUUUCCUUCUUGCUCUGCACGACAGCGUCAGGGUUCCCGACACCCUGACCUUUCUGAAGAAUACUCCCUGGGAGCGAGGGAAGAAGAGUGGACAGUUCAACUCCUACACUCGAGUUUACACGCCCGAGUACUCACAGCCGCCAGUGGGGAGCUCUGAUCAGCUACACCUGUCUGUCUGGGACUGGGAUUUACGCUACAGCAAGGCACAGAUAUCACAGUUCCUUAACCCUGGCUACCAUGCAGAGCAUGGGCCGGGCGCCUGGCUCCCCAGGCAGCAGCCAAGCUUCAUGGCUCCUGGACCCCCCAGUUCUGUGUGGCUGUUUUCUAGAGGGGCCCUGACCCCCAUGAACCAGCUCUGUCCUUGGCAGGACAGCCCCUCCUUGCUGGCAGUCUCUUCUCAUUGGCUCCCUCGGCCUGCUAGGUCCUCGGAAAGCCUAGCUGACCAGGAAUGGGGGCUCCCCUCACAUUGGGGAGCUUGCCCUUUACCUCCCGGGCUGCUGCUGCCUGGCUACCUGGGACCUCAGGUCAGGUUCUGGAGACGCUGUUAUCUGAGGGGAAGGCCUGAGGCCCAGACGGACUCCUCAGCUCUUACAAUCUCUGGCCUUCAGGAUGAGCUGUCUCGUCUUCAGGAACUGUUAAGAAAGUGGACACCAAGAAUAUCUCCUGGGGACCACUUCAGGGAAAGAGACCCAGAUACCAUCCUCUCUCAGACCCGUUGAAGCCG